AUGAAUGUUCAUUAUCCAUACCUAACAUCAACUCCACCUGAGGACAACGCAUCCGAAGACGAAUUUACCGAUUCUGGAUCCGAAUAUUUUGUCCAGCGUAACAUUCCUUCAAUUGAAACCAAGGAAAUUUGUCUUAACACCGUUGAGAAUUGGAUAACACAUCGCGAGGAGACUGUGAUGCGCAUCGAUCAAUUCGUUCAAAAAAAUCACGUGAUAUUUAUUCGCGCUCCCCCGUUCACAGGAAAAACCUCAUUGUGCAUCCUGCUUGAGAAAUACUACAGAAAGAAAGGAACACCCGUGAUGCAUAUUUGUUUCCUGGGCGUAGAAGAAAUACCUUUCGAGGAAUUUUGGGUGAACGAAACGGGAAAAAGUUGGAAAUACUGGUUAAAUUCUAAACACGGUGAGCGAGUAAUCAUUCUCGAUGAUACUCAUCGUAUCUUCGAUGGUUCACGGUACGAAACAUUUUGGUUACGAAUAAAAUCUUUAUCCAGACAAAAAUCGCCCGUAAAAGUAGUGACCUUUUCGACCAGCGGUACGACUGCUCGGAAUCCGGUGGAUGCUCAGCAGGAAUUUGGUUUCGAAUUAAUUCGCUGCACUCAAUCUGAACUAUCAGAGCUG